AUGCAUCGCCGAACUAUUGAGCCAGCAGAACGAGAUAUGCUUUUAAAAGAAAAGAAGGUUCAAAUCGCGCUAACUGCUCAUCAUUUGACAGCACUCCAUGCUGUGGAUGUUUACGAAUUAAUGUCAUCAGAAUAUCCCGAAAUAUAUUCUUCUUACCAAAAAGCCUGUAAUGAACGUGUUAGGCAGGCUAUGCUUGAAAAACAAAAAGAAUUUGAAGCUAUUAAAACGGAUGCAAAAAAAUUGGCAGAAUUGCGACAAAAGGCUAUUCAAAGUUCUUUUACUUUCAAUUCUGAUUUACAAGCUGUUCGGAAAGCAGAAAGAACACAAUAUUGGGAACUAAACACAAAUAUAAUUCAUUCACCGCUAAAUAAAUGGAUGCGUGUAUCAAAGGAAUAUACUAAACCAUCAAUUUAUCCAGUUUAUUUAGUUCCUGGACAAUAUACAGAUUACUACAAAAAGUUUACCUCGACAGAAUUGCGUUCUUUACCUUUUAAUACUGUUCUGAACACUCGACGAUUAUUUCCACCCAAACGGGAUUUAUCUCCACCAUCAAUUAAAUUAACGGAAGAAGAACUGUCUGGACCUAAAGAAACUACAGAAUCAACAAUUUUGGAUCAAAAAGACGCCAAAGAAGAUUUUAAAAAUACAAUAAUGGCAAGAGAAUGUGAUUUUCCAAAAAGUUUGCAGAGGCCGUUGCCUCCAAAGAUGCGUAAAAUUGGAGGGGACAAUAACGGAUUUACUUCUAAAAAGAAUUCAACUUUCUCUUCUUUUCCUCGACCUCUACCAAUUACUUCAGCGUCCCCCUCAUUUUCUUCGAAUAUUCCGAUUGCUUCAGUCAAACCUUCAACGCCCAAUUGCUCAAUUUGUCAGCUUCCGGAUGCUGGCUUAUUCCAAGGAAAAUCUUCUAUGGUCCGUUGUUCAUCCUGUCAACAACGAAUGCAUUCUUCUUGUAUUGAUAUGCCUCAAUCAAUGGUGGAUAUGAUUAGGCAAUAUGAUUGGCUUUGUAUAGAUUGUAAACGAUGCUAUGUCUGUCAACAACCUGACCAAGAAGCUGCCAUGAUGUGUUGUGAUUUGUGUGACCGUGGUUAUCAUACAUUCUGUAUUGGACUCGAUCAACCGCCUAAUGGUACUUGGCAUUGUCCGAAAUGCAAAGAAUCUAACCAUAACUCAACAACUAUUGAAAUUAAAUCUGAAGCUAGUUUGGGUCAAAAAUGGAAUUUUACAAAUCAAAUGGCUUCGGGCAGUGAUCCAAAUCAAACCAACGUUUCAACUCAAAUAAAAAUUGAAAAGAAGCCUAAAAUUGAGCGGAAGAGAGGAAGACCGAGGAAGAAAGUAUCCGAAGAUGUUCCAGUAGGUGAAUAA